CUUCCUAUGGAAGGGAUGCACGCAGGAGUGCACACAACAGUAGCAGGAGGGGACGCGGCUGUUGAAAGUGAAGCAAAAUACGGUGUGAGAAGAAAGAAAGAGGGUGAGAAGCUUGGGCCGGAAGCCUGAGAAAGCAGGAUUAUCCUAGCUUCACAGACACGGAAGGGAACUGAGGGAGGAUUGUCAGCAUAUGUCGACGCCUGUGAUCCGUCGUUAACAGUGCUGGUUGUUAAUGCCUGAGAAUCGUGCUAGGAAUUAUGUUUUCUCCAUAGCUAAACUAGAAGAAGAAGGAAAGGAAAAGAGGAAGCAGGGGAGUGAAGAAGAAGAACAGUUGGGGGGAGGAAGUGGAGGAUGAAAGGAGGGUUUGGCCCUGCGAAAAGGAGAUGGAAAGGGCUGGCAAUUGGUGUACUCUUCCUCGUUUUCCUUUCAAUGCUCGUUCCCCUUGCCUUUUUGCUUGGCCUUCACAAUGGCUUUCACUCUCCUGGACUUGGGACUGCGCAGCAAACUCCGGCUCCGAAUGGUAUCAGGACUCAUGGUAGAUACGACUCCAAAAAUGUCCCAAAUCAGUCUGAGAGUGAUAAGCAGAGUCAUAACAAUGACCCCGUGGGAAAAGUUAGGCCCACUCUUCCAAAGGAAACUCAUAGGAACACCACUAGCGAAGUUAAAAAUGAAACUGUAAGAUGGAAUGCCACACCUAAUAAUCAACAACAGAAAGGGACUCCAGUGCAUCCUGGUGAUGUGCAAUCUCUACCUAGUACAAAUCAUACAACUGACAGUACAGUUAAAAGUAUUGAGUACAGAAAAGGAGAUGUUGAUGAAAGUAGAAAAUUAUGUGAACAGAAAUUUGGGAGUUAUUGCCUUUGGCGAGAAGAAAAUAAAGAAAAAAUGAAGGAUUUAAUGGUGAAGAAAUUAAAGGACCUGCUUUUUGUGGCUAGAUCUUACUAUCCUACCAUUGCAAAAAUUCCAACAGAAAGCAAGUUCACUCACGAAAUGAAAGUAAAUAUUCAAGAUUUUGAGCGUGUUCUUAGUGAAAGUACUACGGAUCUUGAUCUUCCACCGCAGAUUGAGAAGAAGUUACAGAAGAUGGAAGCUGUAAUAGCAAGAGCUAAGUCUUUUCCUGUGGAUUGCAAUAACAUCGACAAAAAAUUGAGGCAAAUAUAUGAUAUGACCGAGGAUGAAGCUAACUUCCACAUGAAGCAGAGUGCCUUUCUGUAUCAACUAGCAGUGCAAACCAUACCGAAGAGUCUUCACUGCUUGUCUAUGAAGCUAACAGUGGAAUAUUUUAAAUCUCCUCUUGAAAUGGAGCUUUCUCAUAGAGAGGUGUUUUCAGAUCCUUUACUACAGCAUUAUGUUAUAAUCUCCAAUAACGUUCUCGCGUCUUCUGUUGUAGUCAACUCAACUGUUAGGCAUGCACGAGAGAGUAGAAGUCUUGUUUUCCAUGUGCUGACAGAUAGACAAAAUUACUAUGCCAUGAAGUUAUGGUUCUACAAAAAUUCAUACAGGGAAGCUGCUGUUGAAGUCUUGAAUAUUGAGCAAUUGAACUAUCAUGACAAAACAACUUCCUUACAUCUGUCUUUGCCCGUGGAGUUUCGUGUUUCUUUUCACACCCAUGAUAAGAUGCACUACUUAACAACUUUUUCACAUUCUCACUAUCUUCUUCCUAAGAUAUUCCAGAAUUUGUCAAAAAUUGUCAUAUUGGAUGAAGAUGUUGUUGUGCAGCACGAUUUGUCGGCCCUGUGGAGCCUCAACAUGAAUGGGAAAGUGAAUGGUGCUGUGCAGUUGUCAUCCGUGAGGUUGGAUCAACUAAAGAGCUACAUUGGGCCAGGCAGUUUGAGUAAAAAUUCUUUUGUUUGGAUGUCUGGAUUGAACAUAAUUGAUCUGGCCAGGUGGAGGGAACUAGAUCUUACUGAAAGCUACUGGAGGUUGGUAAGAGAGAUGAGUGUCGGAGAGGUAUCAGCUGAAGGAGUUGCAUUGCGUGCAAACUUUCUAACAUUUCAGGGCCUAAUCUAUGCUCUUGAAGACUUUUGGGUUCUUCCAGGACUCGGUCAUGACCAUGGGAUUAGUACCCAAGCCAUUAGGAAAGCUCCAGUCUUGCAUUAUAAUGGAAAUAUGAAACCUUGGCUUGAUCUGGGAAUUCCAAAGUAUAAAGUAUACUGGAGGAAGUUUCUGAACCGUGAAGAUCCAUACUUGAGUCAAUGCAAUGUAAAUCCAUAAGGAGCUGGUUAGGUGUAUUGGUUGAAUUCCUGGAAAAUGUAGGGUUCCAGAAGCAUGAAUAUGUUCAUCUCAAAUUUCUGGUGGUAUUGAGAUUUCAAUUUUGUGCUACAUUUCUAAAGGGUAUUGGAUUGAGCAAAAGUGAUACCAGGGAGGAUCAGCGGAUAUACCUUUUAUUUGGUAAGCAAAUGACUAGACAAAUUGUCUGCUUUAUGUGGAAGCAGAAGGCAGCAGGUUUCCUGUAGGCAACUGUUUUAUUGGAUUUGGAGAAUGGAAGGUUUAUCAGACAAUCCGAGUAAUGCUAAUAAGAAGAGUAUUACUCCCUGGUUGUUGGUCUUCUUGUCACUCCCUGCUUGUCAGUUUGAGAAUUGAACUGGAUUGGGGAGAGGAAACCUUGAUGAAUAAGCCUUUAGCACAAGGGUAAAAUGGUGUGUUCAUUUUGGAGUUGUGUAGAUCAUUGUUGACUGAAAAAAUGAGUGGCAUUAUGGCUUCCUGAGCACGAUAUUCUUCUUUUACGGUUCACCAUAUAUUUAUUUAGAACUGUGUUUCUACUAAGGUCAUGAGCUGAUUAUCAUUGAAUUUUGUAUAAUUAAAUCAGAUAGCUUCCUGUAUCUGUUGAACUGAUAGUUCUGAUCAAAUGCUUCUGAACCUCCCAUUCAAGUUAAGGUAAACAGGUAAAAGUAGCUGCUGCUCACUUCAUUUUGUCAUUUACUUGUGGUCUUUCACUCAAUGUGUUUGUUAAUUUAUAAGGGCAACAAUAAGUUUGCUAUUAAACCUGAUGAGUUGUAUAUUUGUUUUUGUUUGUGGUAUAGAAGUAUCCAGUUGAUUGGAAA